AUGGCUUCCAGAAGGGCAUCCCGUAACGAUGAUGGUGAGGAUGUAGACAAGCAGGAUGGCAAUGAGAACGAAGACCCGAUGGCGGAUCAACUCGAUGACCCGUUAUUCGAAGACGUUCAGGUUCUCGACUAUGACUGGAGCGACCCCGACAGUGAUCCAAGCCAUGAGCAGCCUGAUGCACCUGAGCACGUAACUCAGCCGAAAGGAAACAAAUCUCCAGCGCAGUUCAACUGUCGACUGCUGGUGUUUAAAGGUCAGUCCUCCGGAGCUCAUAUUGCGCACUGGAAUGUAGAUGGAAAGUCGCUCAAUGACUUUAAGACGAAAUUAUGGGAGCUAUGCAGACCACAUCUACUUCGAGAAGUAAUUUUUAAUCAGCAAGACGAUGGAAGCACGGUGCCAGCAUGGAUGGAUAAGGAUUCUCCGGAAGAAGAAGAUUUGGUGAGGUUUGCCAUUUUUUACGAGAAGCAAAAUCGUAAGUACACUUCGCUGGACAAACUGACCACCACGUUGCUUCAGAACUGGAAAGGAAAAGAAAUUCAGCUGCUGUUGCAUGUUUAUUCACUGUCCGUAAGUUCCCGUAAGAUUUUCAAUUCAGUGAAGCAACAUUUGAUUGACCCAUCUGAGCGCGAUAAGGCAGGAGCAGCCUCAACCCAAGUGGUCGUCGAUUUAUCUAAGGAUUUGCGUCAACCACAUGGUCAUCUUUGGGAUGGACACGAAAUGGCAUGGACAAUGUGGGCAUCAGCCAUACUUGCUUCGCCAGCUCAUACGCGUGAGAACAUGAUUAAUUCAGUUCCUCCAAAGCAUCUGCAACAUCUUUUCAGAACACAGGACGGUCCGAAAAUUGAAAGUGUGAAGCGUGGGUUGGCUGUAGCUCACAAUGUAAAUGCGUCGUUUUGUGAAGAGAUCACAGCGCUGAAGGAAGCGUUUUCCUCACUUGAAGUGGUAGCCAAGAAUAUGCAGCUACAACUUUCAUUCGUGAAGCAUCGCAUCGAAGCAUUGGAGCAGCGUGGACGCAUGAGUGAUUCAUUCAUAAGUGCGAUGGAAACUUCAAUGGAAGUUUCCGAAGGAGAGUUCAGUCGACAUAUUGCUGGACAGGUAGUUGACAUGGAGGAUGUAGACCACGAAUAA